CAAAUCGAAAACGCCAAUAGCAUGCAAUGAACUUUUUACACUUUCCGGUGUAGCGUAGGAUCAACUUAACGUUUGAAUUGUUUCCAAACAUUUAGUUCGCACGUGUGUUGUGCGUCAAUCUCGGUUUGAGAAUAGCGACAUUUGAGAGACCAGAUCCGGAAAGUGAUGUCUGGGAGAAACCUGCGAGGAUUGCCGGGAGCCAUGUUUUAGACCAAGCGUACGAGAGAGUCUUUGUUCCAAGCAAAAGUUUACAUUUACAGUUCACCAGAAAGUGACGUUUAGAUACCCACGAGGAUCCUUAGAUUAGGCCAAGACUCGGCGACGUACAAGCGGUAUGGCGAAAAUAGUCGACUCCCUGAAGAAUCUGAGCGUCAAGAACGGCGUGGAGCCGCACGAAAAUAAUCAGCAAGAUUGUGGACAGAGCAAGUUUAUUUUGCAUGUACAACGUUCGUACAAAGGACAAGGAAAAACGCCUCGCUACGUACUGUCAGUUUGCUCAUCUGAACAGGAUCAGGGGUUCAAGUUUGGAGUGGUGUAUACCGCAUGUGGUCUCAGUCACUUAGGUUCUCUCAAUAAUGGUAUGGUCCCAGUAACUCAGAUGGUUCAAGCUACCUAUUUUUUCGACGAUGUAUCCGUAAUCGGAAUGAAGUUCAGUCGUGUUAAUAAAAAUAUAAUAUACAUUGCUAGUGAAAAUGGAAAAAUCAGAACAUUUGAUACACGUAAUGCAGAGAAAUUGGUAGCCGAAUUUAAAGAUGACACAAAAAAGGACGAUGCGAAAUCUAUAAUUAGCUUCGAUGUGAACUGUGAUGAUACUCUCAUAGCCGGUGGAACCGAACACACAGGCGGAGACGCAUUUAUUUUAUUCUGGGACGUAAGGUACAAUAAGUCGGGGAUGAAAAUGAAGAAAAAGAACACUAUCGCCGGUGGAUACUGGGAGUCGCACAUGGACGACAUCACUUGCCUGUCUUUCAAUCCCGUCAAGCCCGACGUUUUGGCGUCGGGCAGUACAGACGGUCUGAUAAAUGUAUAUGACCUCGCAGAACCAUCGGAAGAUGAGGCCUUAAUACACUCCUUAAACACUGAGUCAUCGGUGGAUAAGCUGGGUUGGUCAAGCAGUGAUUCUCUGUGGUGUACGACGCACACAAACGCGCUGCAGUUGUGGAAUUGCGAAGAUGCCAGCCCCUACGCGAGAUUCGAACGCAACCACUUGGCCGUGUCACCGGACGACGAUCCCGAUAAUUGCUACGUGGUGAAAUACCACCCCACGAACGUGAUGUUCGGCCGACCUUUCGUGUUAGCGGGAUCUAGCACGCCUCAAGGGGAGAAACUAAGGUGCUUGAGCAUCGUGAACGAUCGUCUGGAAAUGUGUGACGAAAUCAUAGGGAAUAAUCAAGUGGUGCGAGACAGUUGGGUGGACGAGCAGAAUCAUCUCCUGCUGACGGGCGGCGAGGAAUGUUUUGUUAAUAUAUGGCAGCUGAAGGAAAAACCGAUGAUGUCGAGAGAAGAAUAUGCACACCGUGGAAGCGCCCGCUGGGUGCAUAAACUCAACACCGAGAAACAUCAAUGUAGAACCAAACCGUACUGAACAGGAUUGUUGGAAACACACGCUUGCAAGUGUGAGGGAUUUUUACGAAUCAGUGAAAUCAAUGUAUCACGGGACACGCGAAUACCCGGGCCAAUCGGACCGAGAUAUUCGUGCGAAAUUUUUAACGCAUGUGACGGUGAGAAUGUAAUGAAAUAUGACCGAUUUUAAAGAGAAUUACGCGCCAUUUGUGUGAGUAAAAUCGCGCAAUUGUAUAUAUUUCCCUCACAUUCUUCUUUAUUAUACAAUAACAGUUGUAUAUACAUUUAUAAUAAAUAGGUAUUAUUUGUUUAUGCGAUUAAUUAUUCAACGGCGAGUCAUAUACCGAUCAAAAAAUGCAGCACAGGUUCGUGUAAAUGCGAAGGAAUGUAAAUCACACGUAACUGCGUAGAGAAUUAACAGACGAGAAGGAAAAAAAAGAACAAGGCCGCGAGUCGCGCGCGCGUUUUACGCAGGACUCGCGGGGGGAAACGGAUUUCGUUCUGUACGUAGCGAGAUUAAGAGUUGAAAAAAAAAAAAGGGGGGCGUACGCGACGUGUAAUCGCCGUAAGGAGGAUUCGUGUCGAUCAUUACGGGCGAACGGUAGUCUUGACGAGAUAUAAUAAACCAAACGAUUCGACGAUGAUGAUAAUAAUAGUAAUAACAACAAUAAUCGACGAUAGUCUACGGUCAGUACUCGCGUUUGAAAGUCGAAUUCGAAUUCAAGAGACCUCCGUCGUCGAUCGUCAUUAAUGCGUGAGCGCAUCAAUAUCUAAACGCACGCCCGCUCAUAUUACACAUCAUUAUAGUAAUAUUACAUUAACGUUCAAAAGACGGUCGCAGUAGCGAGUAUCACAAUGAUAACAGUAGAUACAGUUUUAGAGCGAAACAGUAGGUACAGAGUAAACGUACAAAAAUACUUCCCAUGAGCAUCGGGGACGUAAAGAUUCGCUAAAACGUGGAAAAACCGCGUUACUAAUAAGUCAUAUAUGUAAAUAUAUAUAUAUAUAUAUAUAUAAACUCGUGUAUAUAUAUAUAUAUAUAUUCUUCAUAUAUAUAUAUAUAUAUAUCUUUAUAUAUUCAUUCACAAACGUUUUUUUUUUGCACCGCCACGUGACGUCACUGCAAAAGACGCCACUUGACGGCGCGUAGGCCGUCGCGCUAUUCCUUAGCUGUUACCGAUUUGAUUCAUCGCCUUAUCCUGCGGGAUACCGUGUGCGACUUCAUUAUACGGAUAAAU